GAAAGAGACCCUACCUACUCCUCAGAAAACUGACCUCUCUCCCCAAUCACACACGCAUAAAGGAAGAGAGACCAAGAAUGCUCUCUUUUACUCUCAUAAAUUAAACAAAACAAAAAGAAAAGGAAAUUAAAAUUCUCUCAUUUCCUGCCUCUCUCUGUCUCUACCCAGAGGGGUUUUGCAUUUUUCAAUCGAAGAUUCUCACAUACUAGCCUUGUGUAGGAUACUAUCGUAUGGGAUAAGUGACUGUUGACCUGGAAGAUUGUGUAGUUUAUUCUCAGAAUUCCCAUUGGUUAAGUGGUGUGUCUGAUCCAAGUGUGGGGUGCAUUGUCAUGUGCUUGUGCUAAUUCUAAAUAAUAGCCCCCUUCAUGGCCUUUAAAGCUUCUAAUGAAAGAGGAGUUGGGCUUCAACCCAGUUCAUUCAAUAUGGAAGAUGUUGAAUUAAAUACAAAUUGGGAAGAUGUGACUUGUCCUAUAUGUUUGGAUUUCCCUCACAACGGUGUACUCCUUCAGUGCUCAUCUUAUGAGAAAGGAUGCCAUGCUUUUGUUUGUGAUACAAACCACUUACACUCCAAUUGUUUAGACCGUUUCAAAAGUGCAUAUGGUAUGUCAUCUCCUUCAAAAUCUGAUGUGAGUCCUGCAGUAAAUACUGAACAAAUGGCAUCAGAAGAAGAUUGCAGGCCUACUUGUCCCUUGUGUAGGGGGGAAGUUACUGGGUGGGUUGUUGUUGACAAGGCUCGUAGACAUCUAGAUGUGAAGAAGCGUUGUUGUGAGGAGCAUCAAUGUACGUUUAUGGGUACAUACUUGGAAUUACAAAAACAUGCUCAACUAGAGCAUCCUCAUUCUCGUCCUUCAAAAAUUGAUCCUGCUCGGCAGCUUGAUUGGGAUAAUUUCCAGCAGUCCUCCGAGAUCAUAGAUGUUUUGAGCACUAUUCAUUCGGAAGUCCCUCGUGGGGUGGUUUUAGGAGACUAUGUGAUUGAAUAUGGUGAUGAUGAGACUGGAGAUGAGUUUGAGGACUUCCAUGGGGACGAACGUAACUGGUGGACCUCCUGUAUCUUAUAUCAGGUUUUUGAUAACUUACGAAAUUCUAGAAACAGAAGAAGGUCAAGAGUUGGUGACGCAAGAAGAGGAAGUCGCCGAGCAAGCUACGAUAAUUCGAAUUCUGAUGAAGGUUCUGUGACAUCUGUUGAAUUCCCUGAGUAUAGAGCAGAUGAGACUGAUGAUGAUUUUAUGAGUACAAAUGGGUCCUCAAGGGGUGGCUCCAGUCAUCGCAGUUCACGUAGACGUCGUUCUCGCUUCUAUGACAAUUAGGUAUGCUCUACUCAUGGAUCUUAUGCAUCCUCUUUUGUGCAGUGCUUAACUAGAGUAGAAGUGAAGGGGCAAGAAAGAGAUCCAUUGGAAGGAAGUGGAAUGCACUGGGAUUACUGUGGAUCUCUUCAGUGGUUUGGUUACAUGUAAAAGCAAGCUACAUCUGGAUUAUAUAUUGUUAGAUCUGCAAUGAGGUGUGCUGAUUGGACAUUACAUGACACAUCCAUUGGUUCCAUGGGUCCCUUUUUUUGCUUAAAAAAAGUGUAACCUUUGCUUCAUAUCUUAUUAAUUUGUGGAUUAGUUUAGUGUUUA